CUCGGAAAAGUAGCUCACUAUGCCUUUGACGCGGUCCUGAUCUCUACCAUCCUCGCCGGCAUGAAACGAUCAACCGGUUUAACACCCAGUUUCAAGAAGGACUCCGUUUCCGAGAACAAAGACGUGCAGGUCUGGAUCGAUAAAUACCUCGGGGUCGGCGAGUGGGUGAUGGAUCAAUCAGUCGCCCUGGCAGGAUCGAGCAGCUGGUUCGAGCGGAAGCGAUGA